GCCCCCGCCCCCUGCCGGCUGGGAGGUGGUAUUGCGGCGUCACUGAUGGCGGACGAGGAGCUGGAAGAUUCAGCUUCUGUUCACAAUGUGGUGGGAGCCGGCGGCAGAUCCGGAGACAAGAUGUUCACCCUGAAGAAGUGGAACGCCGUGGCCAUGUGGAGCUGGGAUGUGGAGUGUGAUACCUGCGCCAUCUGCCGGGUGCAGGUGAUGGAUGCCUGCCUUCGGUGUCAAGCUGAAAAUAAACAAGAAGACUGUGUUGUGGUCUGGGGAGAAUGCAACCACUCCUUCCACAACUGCUGCAUGUCGCUGUGGGUAAAACAGAACAACCGCUGCCCACUUUGCCAGCAGGACUGGGUCGUGCAGAGAAUAGGCAAAUGAAAAUUGUGGGGCAUCCUUUCGCUCCUGUCUUUAUGGGUAUUGAUGUGUUUCAUUUGGUGGGAUCUUGCAUGCUGUGUUGUGAAGUGAGCACCAUAAGAGUGGCCUCAGUCUUUUUAUAUGAAGGUGAUCAACUUGUAUUAAAUUAAAUUAAUCUUAUACCAUU